GGUCUACUUAUCCUCGUCCUGCUUCUUGAAUGUCGGGUUACUUGACCAUGCAGGCAUUUUCUCGGCUUACACCUAGAUUUUCUACGCAAAUUCGCUCAGUCAGCACUAAAGUUCGUCAGAAUGACCAAAGUACGAUAGUGCCAUAUCUUCGUCACAAGUACGAAGAGCGACUCGCUCAGCAUGCCAUGCUUGCCCGUCAGAACCAUGCCUCCAUUCUGUCACUUAGCUCAGAUAACCUCGACCAUUUGCCUGAAACAGACUUGAAUUCAUCAAAAGUGGCAAGAAUGCAAAGCGAUAUUGAACAUAUGUUUGGAUUUGGCCUGGUAUCCUCCAAAGACGUCUUUAUCAACAACGAACUAGACUUAUCGCGAGUUGAAGUCUAUGGAUUUGAUUACGAUUACACACUUGCUAGCUACACCGAUCGACUUUCAUUCACCAUUUUCGAAAUGUUACGAGAUAUAUUAGUUGAACACUUUAGAUACCCGAAAGCAUUGAGCAACUUGCAGUUUGACCCCAGCUUUGCUAUUCGCGGUCUUCAUUUUGAUAUAACCAAUGGAUGGCUGAUGAAAAUCGACAGCUUUGCAAACAUACAGCUCAGCACCGUGCAUGUGGGACGAGAACCGAUCAAGGAUGUGAAUGACGUUAUUCAUCAACAUAGAGGAGUGCACAUAUCACCAGAUUAUCUCCAGAAGAAUAUGUAUCAAUUGAACGAUUUAUUCUCUAUACCACAAGCUUGUCUACUCAGUGACAUUCUACAAUAUUUUAAGGACAACAACAUCGAUUUCCAUCCUCGCUACCUGGCAGAUGAUGUGCAGCGAGCUUCAGACAUCGUGCAUCAAUGGUCAUCUCUCCAAAGUAGAGGAGUUGGAGGUCAGCUUCAUAACCGCGUGGUGCGCGAUAUGAGUACCUAUUUGACCAAGCAGCCGUCUAUGGUCCGAUACUUGGAAGAUUUACGUCGUAAUGGGAAAAAGACUUUCCUUCUCUCAAAUAGUAGCUUUCCAUUCAUCGAUGCUGGCUUACAGUACAUAACUUCUAGCCCAGAUUGGAGAGAUCUUUUUGAUUGGGUCAUAGUGUCAUCCCGCAAACCUGAUUUCUAUAGAACCGAACGCCCAUUUCGACGUACAAGUGAGCCCACAUGGAACGCAGUUACCGAAUUUCAACCGGGCAAAGUAUACGAAGGAGGAAAUCUGAAAGACUUCUCUCGCUUUACGGGAGUCUCAGGGUCCAAGGUGAUCUACUUUGGUGACCAUGUAUUUAGUGACUUAAUCGAUCCUGCGCAACAGCAAGGGUGGAAGACGGGAGCCAUCAUUCGAGAGCUGAGUUCAGAAAUUGACACUCGUAAUACGCCCGAUUAUCGGCACACAUUGUCCUGGCUGUUAAGAUUAGAGCGCCUGUUAAAUGAAGCACAAGCUAUUGAUGGAGGUCGCCAUGUGCCUGGACUGGAUGCGCUCUUGGAAAAUUGGCGCCAUGAACGUCGAGAAAUUCGCGAUCAGCUCAAGCACGUUUUCAACAAGUCCUUCGGUAGCGUGUUCCGUACUCACCAUAAUCCUACCUUCUUUGCAAACAAAAUCAGAAAGUUUGCCGAUAUAUACACUUCAGCUGUUGAGAAUAUGGAAGGGUAUCCCCAGGACUACUGUUUCUACCCGGAUAGAGCCUAUUUACCACAUGAAAGAUCAAUCGAAACACUGGUGGAUAGUGGAAAAUUACACCAGGCACGAAGUUUGAAGUAAUCUGCUACGAUCCUUUCAUCCUUUUGAUUUGAAUUGGAUUUAGAUGUUAUGUCGUAUGUACCUCUGUAGAAAUCCUU